GCUGUGCAGUGUCUCAAAGUUCACUGUGUUUUUAGUCCUUCUUAUUUUCACCUUCUCAGAGCGCUGACUGAACACAGAGAAGAGGGAAGGCAGAGGAAAAGAUUCUGAAUAAUGGGGGCCUCUGUGUCUAUAAGGAACCAAACCCCUUACACUUGGCACUACGAACUUCUCGGAGACGGAGGUGGCAGUGGCAGUGGAACGUUGCAUGGCAGGGGUAGUAGUGUAAAAGAAAACCUCAACUCUAGGGGGAUCCAUUGCUACCUAAAGUUAAGAUAUGACAAUCACGGUUGGAACUCCUUCUCAUAUGAGUUCAACAGUCACAAGCAGGACGGAAGUCAAACAUUCACUAUUAUAGAAACCAGUGGCCGUUCACUCAUUCAGCUGUUGUGCGACACAGAGUCUAAUAGUCCAACAUGUCCAAACUAUGGGAAGCAAGAGGAAGACCGUAUUCGUCAGCAGCAGGAGGAGAUGGAGCGGCGAAGACAGGAGGAGCAACGAAGACAACAGCAGGAGGAGAGGAGGCGCCAGGAGCAACUGGAGAGGGAGAUGGCGAUCCAGCAAGAAAUCGAAAGGGAGAGCGAACUUUCGGGUAAGAAGGUGUCAAAGGGACGAGAAAAGCUGAGACAGAAGCUGAGACUAAAAGGACAACAGCGCCAUCACCAGCGUACACAGGUACUACACCAGAUGAUAGAAGAUGACGCUGCAGCAAUCAGAAGGGAUGAGCCAGGGGACUUGAAAAAUAAGUUUGAAGAUCUUCUGAAGAAAUACGAGAUCACUGAAGACAAAGGCAUGCAGGAGGACAAACUUGAAAACCGAAUGAAAAAUCUUCAGAAUGAACUAACCCUUAAAUACUUUGGAGAACCUCAACUGUCAAUCUGGUGUCAGUUGACCAUAGAUCGUGCUAUCAGCCAAGGAGAGCAAUCGCUCACUGAGCAGUUUAGCAUCCUCAAGGCUGUGACAGAGCUAACGUUGACCAACGACUCGGACACAGACAGUAAAGAGGACCAACUACCUGAAUGGGACCAGAAGUAUGACUUUCUCAUCCGUCUUCUUGAACAGCUGUACAGCACAAAUCCCACAGUGGCUCAACAACUUGUUCUGAGCAUUCUUGAUGUGUUCACAGAGGUGUCAGAGAAAAACAAGGGGCUCCUUAGUCAAAUUCUCUUCAACAUGAUCUGGACACCUUCAGAAAUUCUGCUCUUUUUGCGAGGUGUUUCAGGCAUAAACCAAGAGUUAGCAACCUCAAUCCUUCAUACUGUGAGGACAAACAAGCUGGAUCUUCUCUCUACUCUCUCUGCCCUGAAAGAUAAAGACCCUGUCAACUCUCUACAAUGGUAUGCUGAUGCAGAAGGGGACAAGGAUGCCGACACCAUUGUGAAUGAAAUGCAAAAUGAAAAGUACCCAGAGAAAAUAUUGUCCAUAAUGAAGGAAAUUCUAGGAUAUAUGACAGAGGAACUUCCAAAACAUGCGAAGGAGGACUUGGAUCAGGUAAAGAUAGAGGAAGCAAAGCAGAUGAUCAAGUCACUGGAUUUUACUAACCCUGACCUUGCUGUUCUCAAGGAGGUCCUAAUAAGGAUGUCUAUUGCUGUGCAAGACUGCUCAACCAUUUACACUCAAAACGGUAAGAACAUAGAAGGCUACUUUCCUAGCAUCACUCCGCUGGAAUCAUUGCUCACUGCUGAGAAAAUAGAAGGCUACUUUCCCCGACUCACUCAGUUGGCAUCACUGCUCAUGCUCCUUCUACCAAAGUUAACAGGGAAAAAAGGUAUCCUUCUGGAAAUCGGCACAGGUGAAGGAAAAUCUUGCAUCUUGGCUAUGUUUGCCACCAUCCAGGCCAUCCGUGGCACUAAGGUUGACGUUGUGACCAGUUCUCCAGUCCUUGCUCGUCGAGACCAAGAGGAGUGGAAGAAACUGUAUGACAUGUUUGGUGUCACAUCCUCUGUUGUGCCACCACCACAAAUACAGGGAAGCUCCCCUGAAAGCAGGGAUAGUAUGCUACAGGAGGCUUACAGGAAACAAUUAGUUUACGGAACCGUUGCCAGCUUUGCAGCAGACGCAUUGAGGCAGGAAUUCGAGAAGGACACCACACGUGGGGAGAGGAGGUUCGACAUGGUGAUUGUGGAUGAAGUGGACUACAUGACCUUGGACAAUGGAGUUCAGGUGACGUUUCUAUCCCACGAGGCAAGUGGCCUGAGGCACCUUGGACAAGUCCUUGCUAGCAUAUGGGCCAUGGUAUCUAUGUGUCAGCCAAUUGAGAUGGAAGAUACUGGAGAGAUUGAGUGGGCAACUGGAAUCCAGCAUUUUCACAAGGCUGCAAAGUUAGCUGUUAUCGGUCCAGCGACAUCUAAAGAAUUCUCUGAAUUUCACAUUUUGGAAGCCGGAGUGGAGUUGGGUAUCUAUUCAGAUGAAGAUUUUGACAUGUUCAUGCAUGCUCUAGAGAACACAGAGAAAGACGAUACAACGGAGAACAGGAUAACUGUUGAUACAUUCAUGGCCAAAGUUGGAAUUACUCAACAGUGUGAUCUGCUCACCAUAAUGGAGAAAGCACUGGAGAAUAAUGUGGCCAUUGACUGUUACUCUGUGACAAACAAUAAAGCCGUGCUGGUUGAGGAGAAAAAGUUGCACAACAACCCUGAUAUCCUGGAAAUCAAAAUGCUUCUCCUCGAGAAUGGACGAGCCAGCGAGAUCAUACCUGAAGACAAACUCAUUAAGGCAACAGUCUCUGAGCUGAAGUCUAAAAUCAAAUAUUCUGGCAGCUCUCAGUCAAACUCAGAGUUUCUUGUGAUCCCCUCUUUCCUUGAGAAGUACCUUGAGAAUCAGUUACCAGUCUUUGUGGAAAACGCCCUGAAAGCCAUCAUGAUGACACAAGGCAGAGAGUACAUGAUUGAUCAGACGUUGGAAGCUGUUGGAGACAAGCAUCUCUACCAUGCUAUCAUCCCAGUGGACUUCCAGGCCAGUGGAGUGUUGGAGAAGAACAAACGCUGGGGGGACGGCCUGCAGCAGUUUCUGGAGAUGAAACACCAGCUGGCAACCACUCCUUUGUCCAAUGUGACUAAUUACCUUUCAAACUUCCAUUACUUUCAAAAGUACCUGAAAGGGAAUGGGAUAUUUGGUGUGUCUGGGACAUUAGGGGGUGAUGCCGACAAAGAUUUCCUUGCAAGGCACUACGAAACAGACAGCUACAUAAUACCAGCUCAUCGCCAUAAGAAGGUUGUUGAGCUUCCAGCAAUUCAGGUCACUGGGCAAGCCCAGUGGAUGGAGAUCCUCUGUAAGACAGCAAUGAGGGUGGCAGAAAGUGGUCAGGUUGUCUUGGUCGUAUGUGAAGAUGUCAAGACCGCAAGCGAGCUUCUGAAGAAAAUAGAGGGCGAGAAUCCACAUCCCCCCAUCACAUUAUACACAAUCAGUGAGAAACACAACAUUGAGAGAACCAAAUUCAGAGGGGGACAUGUAAUCAUAGCCACAAACCUAGGAGGUCGUGGAACUGAUAUCAAGGUUGAUCAGGAUGUCAACAUACGUGGUGGCCUCUUCGUCCUCCUGACACAUUACCCUGGCAGUCGCAGAGUGGAGAAACAGGUGUUUGGAAGAACUGGUCGGAAGGGAAACCCGGGCAUGGUCCAGAUGAUCCUCUGUGGGGAUAACCUUGCCCCAGCAUACCAGGGCCAGCCUGUGGAGAUCAUGAGACAAUUGAGAGAGGAGUACGAAGUCCAACGCAUCAAAGAUAUGGAGACAGAUGAGCUUCUCGAAAUAAAAAUGAAAGAGGACCUGUUUGGCACGUUUUGUGAAUUUCUUGACAAGUUUCAUGGCAACUUCACAAAACAGGAGAGUAAUGACCUGUCAGGAAUGGGGCCGAAUGAUGUCCCUGAGUGUUUUAAAGAAAAAGGCCCUAAGUUUGAUUACCAGCCUGCACUCAAUGCUUUGAAAGAAACAUGGGCGUUGUGGCUUACCCUUCACGAGGAGCACAUCCGUCAGCACGAAGAUAUCAGUGUUCUUAAAGCAGACCUUCUUGAGCAUAUCACAAAUAGGGGCAACAUGCUGCUGAAUGGAAAAAGUCAAAACUUCUAUGACCACAUUAAGCAGGCUACCGGCAGAACAGACUUGCACCUCCGCAACAAAAGUAAGUGUGACUAUGAAGCAAAGUCCUACUGGAAAGAUGUUGAAGAAUGUGACCCUUUUUACAGUGCCGUGGCAAUGUACAACCAAGCUUUCAUCACCAUCAACAUGGGCAAAGAUGGCUACAAAACAGAGGCAUGGAAAUUACUGGAAAGGGCAAAGACAUCUGUGGAUGUUUACUUGUCAGAAACCACAAAUACCAUGGUUUCUUUUCAGAUUGCCACAAAAGGGAACUUUGAACCACAUCAUGAAGGAGAACGCAACUUUCUAAAGCAAAUAGAUUCCAGGAUGAGCAUUCACAAAGCUUGGAUACUUAACAUUGACCUUGCAGUAAAUAAACUUAAAGAGCUUGAGGGUGAAGGCACAGCCAUAACAGAGGUAUCCUCAGUGUACAGCCUCUCCGAAAAUCAAGACUACAUCACAGGAAAUGAACUCACGGCCUUGUAUGACAAUGGCCUGAGCAUUGUGUUUGAGGUGAAAAAGAAGCCAGAGUUCAGCUUUGAUGCUUUGAUCUGUUUCUUCAUCGGUAUGUGUCAGGUCAUCCUCGGAAUUCUGGUUUGUGCCCUGUCGUUUGGCUCUGCAACCCAGAUUGGCUUAGGUAUCAUCUCUGAAGGAGUCUCUGACAUGAUUGAAGGGAUAUCUGGCAUGAUAUCGGGCACGUUCGAUUGGGCACAAUGGGCCAUCUCCAAAAGCAUCAGCAUUGGGAUGUCUCUGCUCUCCGCAGGGUUCAACGCCAUUAAAAAAGUUGCCAUCACAGCAUAUAAAGUUCUCAAUGGUACUUUGAAACUCUCAUCUGUUGCAAAGGAUAUCAUUGGCACAGGAAAACAUGUUUUCAAGUCCGCACAGAAAGCAGCAAAGUAUGCAAUUAAGACUGCAACGAAGAAACUGGCAUCCCCUACAAACAUGAAGAUGGCUCUAAAACACGCAACCAAGUACGCACUUCAGGAGGUAGGGAAGCAGAGUGUAAUCAAAGGAAUUAACUAUGUCAUUGAUGCUGGAAUUGGGGCCAUCUUUAAAACAAUUUUAGAAAAAGCUUUCAAAGACAUGGUCAAUUCAACAGUCAAAAAGAAUGCAGAACUAGAUCUUAGUCUCACUGAAUACAUUAGCUCUGCAGUACCUAAAGGAGCUUUGCAGAACCGCAGCAACUAUAAGAUUGACUCAAAGCUUGAACAACAAACAAAAGAUUUAGUUCAAGUUAUGACAAAAGAACUUAUUCCUGGCCUCAUGACUGAUGCCACCACAUCCCAAGUCAGUGAUGUUAUCAGCAGACUCUCUGAGGUGUGCAAUAAUGCAACUGACCUUGUGGCAAAAAGUGGAACACAUUUUAUUGCAAAAGGAGUCAAAAUAAGUGUAGAAAUAGCUAAACACACCACAAUCUUGGUCCAAAUGAUUCGGUCUAUUCCUACAGAACAUGUUAUCAAUGACAUAUUUGUCCUCGAAUUAAAAAAAGAAAUUGAAGAGCAGCAAAGAUAUGUGGAGCAGUAUGACCAAGAUGGCAGACAUGAUUUACCAGAUGUGAUUCGCUUAAAGGAUGAGCUCCUAAGCUCCAUUUCGGAAAGUGUCUCCGAAGCGUUCAUAGAUGCUUGUGCUGGUCAUAUGUCCUCUUUUGUGACGGGAACAUUCAAGAAGAAGCUCAAUGGAGUUACUGGAAAGGUUGUUGACAAUGUACUUGGCAGACACAAAACUGAGGCCUUUUUCCAGGACCGGCAGCAUAAACAUGAUAUGAAGUCAGCCAGUCAGAAGGCUGGGAAAGCUCUGUCAGAGACUGAAACAAAAGAACUUCUGGACUAUGCAGAGAAGAUUGGUGAUGUUAAUCGACCAGCCUCGGCCCUGGACAUGUAUGUCCUCACAAACAGUGACCUGCUCCAUGGUAAAGGCAUCCAGUUGAAAGUGGUGGAUCAAGAUGGGAAAACGCUCUCAGAGGAGUCCUACCCGGGAACGAACAGCUCAGCCGGCCAAAUCACUCUACGACUGACCAAAGAGCCUGAGAAAACACACAGUGAGAAAGGAAUCCUCUCUAAAGCAAAAGACAGAAUCCAAGGAGUGGAAAGUCCAUACAGUGGUCACUUUGACAUCAUCCAAGAUGGCAAAGUAAUCCCUGUGCGCUCAGAGAACAAGAACUGCCUGUACCAUGCCCUAGCACAGGCAACAUCUAACAGGUCUGAGGAUGAGAUCACGAGUCAAGCUGUGAAUCUACGAAACAAUGUUAAAGACCAGAUUAAAGGGAGCCUUCAGGCUUAUAGUGAAAUGGUUAAAACCCAGAAGGCCUAUGAUGCACUCGAGAAAAAUCAUGGAAAAUAUGCUAUAGUUGGAGGGGCCAGGAAUAGAAAACGGACGAAUGAUGGGGAAUAUGAACAUGAUAUCAGGCCCAUGAAGAAUUGUCCUUAUAGUUCCUCAGGGAUAAAUGAGUAUGACAUAGCCUUUACGUACCACCUUGGAUUAGUUGGUCCUAACAAAAGCGUCAAAACCACCAAACUUUUCUCUGACGACAUGGGGGAAAGAGGCAUUGUGGAGGCAGACCAUAUCCCACCAAAGAAUUCCCUGAAGCUGGCCAGAGACCAAAAAUCUCAGAUGAAAAAUCUUCAACAGAAGAAUCCGAAGCUUUAUGAUAUGAUAAACAGCAUUGAAUCAGAUCCAAAUGGAGGGAACCUGCUCACAAUGCGGGUUCUCAAACAGCAUCACAGGAAUGCUCUAACCACUGGAAGGAGUAAGACAUCUGUCAUCUGCAGGAAGCUUCUGGCGGAUACACUUGCAAGCGGAGAUGUGGAGAAAUCACUGAAGUUAUCUUUCAUCAUGGCUCAUCCUAUUGCUUCCGAACAGCUCAGAGACAAAGCAGGAAAGCCCAAUACACUUACCCUGGGAUCCAUUGAUUUAUCUCCUGAAGGAACGGUGUUCUACUACAAAGCUGGCUUCAAUCAGAUGCUGAAUCACCAUUGUAAAGAGGGGAUCAUCGACCAGAAUCAGCAGGCGAGGCUGAAGUCCUGGGUGUCCGAUAAGAAGUACAUGGACCCGGACACCCCAGAGUACAACGACAUCCUUGCAGCCAUCCAGUAACACAACCUCCACUGGAGACAUGUUAGGAAAGGGAUAAAAUCAUACUUUUAUAUUCAGCAUAUGAAUUACAUGAAUUCAGUAUAAUCAUAAUGUGAAUAAUUUCUUGUUGAACCUUAGGUGAAUGACAAUUUGACCUUUCUACUGCUGCAUAAUUACUAUACUUUUUUGUUUGUGCUUCCACAAGGUAGCCUAUGGCUUUUCAAAAUAGAUACAGUAACUUAUGUGCAAGUUGCAUGAGAUAUAAGCUUGCUAAAAGAACAGUAGGUUCUUUACAGUAAACUGUAAAUUGACUUUUAAUUUUGUUUCAUUCAGUACUGUAUACUAUACUGGGUGGCAAAGUUCAUUUCUCAAUGUCAUAAUAUUUACUGAUGUCAUAAUAUUUCACGUUUUUAGUUUCUUAGUAUUGAAUUAUAUAGCCUACUUUCCAUUUUAGUGUAAUGAUCAUGGUAACCUUUUAAAAUCAAAUCAAAUCAGAUUGUAUUUGUCACAUGCGCAGAAUACAAUAGGUGUAGACCUUACAGUGAAAUGCUUACUCAUAAGCCCUUAACCAACAAUGCAGUUUUAAGAAAAAAAGAAAUAUAACAAAUAAUUAAGGAGCAACAAUAAAAUAACAGUAGUGAGCCUAUGUAUUUUAUGCUCAUCAUCAGUGGUUUCACAGUCAAAUCAUGGUCUCAUUGGCAGUGUUUAUCAUGUAUCGGAUUUCUUUACUAUUGGAUUAUGGAUGAUUUUAUAUUUACUCAAUCCAAGGUGGUGUUUUAAUCCAUUUGAAUAAAUGUUUGCAUUCUCAAAAAUAUUAUCUGUAUUUGAAACUAUUGAUAAUAAACUGAUUUAAUUUGCAAGACUA